CAGUGACCAAAGUUAGUUCAUCACAACCACAACCGAGUCACACUGUGUAUGAAGCUAGCUAUGGCUUUCCUUCAAAUCCCACUCGAGAUUCGGCUCAGCGUCUUUAGGGAGGCAAUCUGUUCCCUGGCUGACCAGCCAUCCUGUCCCGCAGUUAGCCAAAAGGGACGCAAGAGGCUGUCUCAAGACGCAUUCGGUGGUGCUGGGAUUUGGCAACUGCCCUUGCGCAAUCCUGCUCUCCCUCUCCUCCUGGUAAAUAAACAGAUCCAUGCCGAGGUCAAGGACGUCCUUGAGCGUACCACCACCACCAGCUACCAUGUCGACAUCAUGUAUCUCAAGUUUUACGGCCUUUGGACGACCUGGACCAUCCCCGCACUUCCCCGGACGCAGUAUAUAGACUCUAUCCACGCCUCGUUUCGACUCUUCGAGCCCACCAAGGACCUUGACAAGCGCUUCCGAGGAAGCUUGAGCUUCAGUCCCGGCGAUGGGGGUCCGCCACUCGCCGUCUGGUCCUUCCACAAGCUGCUGACCGGGGUGCUCACAGAUGGGCCGGGCUACCUAGGAGGUAAACGGUCUGGAAUGCAGAAGGGCCUUACACCUCGAUACGCGGUCAAGAGGGUUGUCGUCAACAUUGUUGCCCCUAUAGAUGGUGCCGUUCACAAGAGCAUCAUCUGGGGGGACAAAGGGUACGACAAAAGAGUGAGGCCUGGGGAAGAUGGUUGCGGACCACAUGAUGCCUCGAUUCCCGCCGAGCAACGGCUUGCCGAUUACAUGAUACAACAUCUCGACACGAUUUUGUAUCUCAACUAUUAUACCAUGAAUUAUGGGACUGUUCUGUACGAAGGCGUGCUGGAGGACAUUACUUUUCUUGUCAAUGGGACCGAGUAUAAGCGAUACGACAUGGACGAACUCAUGCGGGAGCAUAAGGUGAAUUACUGGGGAGAAACACCAGAACUUAUAGAACAGCGCCAGCAAGCGCAUGCCAAGUGGAAGAGCUGGGUGGACGAGAGGAGAAACCGGAUGAAGGAAGGUCUCGAGCUGGACAGCAAUCGGCCAGUCACUACUAUCAUGUGAUGGUUCUAAUCCGGUGUGAUGAUCUAGUUGUCUCUGGAAAGGCAAAGUGCAUGGGAGGAAUCAUCCCACAAGUUAGGAUAUGUGGCAGCAGACGUAGCAGCGAAGGUGAAUGGGUGGUUAGUUUAACGAGAAUGAACUACCAAGCUACCAACGGCUACCAGUAAACUCAUUCUCUUCGGCCAAACCCUG